AGGUACAGUUCGAUGGCGCCAAAAGUGUGUUCACGGAUCGCUCGUAUACUCUGUGAAGUGUGAGAGAUCUUCGUGGCUGGCCAGCCUUAGUAACGUUAUUUUUCAACUAAAAGUGUAAACAACGGUUGAAAAGCCACGACGAAAAUGAAGGAUAUCACCCACUACUUUGCGGAUCUGCCCAGAAACAGCGAGAGUGCUACAGUACCGACGAAAGAGGUUAGAGAGGAUCACGCCAAUAUCGAGGAGACUGUGAUUGUCGAGGAAGAGUCGAAGCCAAAGAAAAAACGUGGUAGAGUCAAGAUCAAAAUAUCCAGGAAGUCAAAGGAGGGAGCGGUUUGUGACAUCGUCGAUAGUUCGACGGAUUUGGUGGAUAAAACACCCAGCCCCUUCCCACAGCCCAAGCGCCAACUCAUAGAGACUAAUGAUGAUACUCCGAAGAAGUCUUUGCUGCAGGAUUCAUCAUCUCUUUCUGUCAGACUCAACAAGAAGAUUAAGAAGAGUAUGGAUGAGGAGAUGAAGAACCAGGCAAAUGGAGUUGAGACUCGGACUAAAGCUUGCGACGACGUACCAAGUACUGAACAGGCUGCUGUUGAUGACAAGACCAAUGAAGAGAAAACUGGAGAAGAUUUAGUGAAGAGAAAAAGGGGGAGACCGCGAAAGGAUUACAAAGAAAAAUUAAUAGAGUUGGCUGAAAAAAAGGGGUAUGCCAAAAGGAAGGCAUUAGAGGAACAAGAAGCUGAAAAAAUGGAGAGGAUAUUUGAAAAGAGGAAACAAUAUUUUACUGUGCAACCAAAAAAUAAUAAUGCUGAAGUAACACAAAGCGAUGAAAAUAGUCCAAAAAACAGUGAGCCUGGUAGUGUUAAACGCCCAGGUAGUUUACUGAAUUACUUCAGUAAAGCCACACCUGAGCAUCUCGAGAAAGAAAGACUUAUGAAGGCAAAACUCACAGUAAAGGCAGAAGUUCAUACACCUACAAAUUCACCAAUCUUUGUUACUCCUGCUUCUGACAAAAAGAAGAAGGGUUCUCCAAAAAAGAAAAAGUCAAGUGCUAAACAAUUAGAACCAGAGUUUGAUGAGAUCCAAUUGAUACAAACGGAAACUAUCGUGUUAUCACCAAAAAAUGAAAAACUCAAAUCACCUAUGUCACAGAACAAACCUAGAUGGUCUAUGAAAAUUCAACUUCAGUCAAACAGCGAAUCAACAUCAGUGAUUUUAGGUAUGAAAGAUGAUGAGGAAAUAUAUACUCCAACUGCUCUUUCUAAGGUACCGAGAGAAAAUAUGAAAAAUAAUAAUAAAAUUCCAAAAGUAUUAUUGCCUAUAAAAAAUAAAAAGUCAGAUUCAAGUACUAUUUCAUUAGAUAAUCACAAUAAAAAUAGUAAUGAAGAAAGAUCGGAUAAAAGUGAAAAAAAAUAUUCAAUGAUUGAGAAAGAAGAAAAAUCAAAUAAAAAAGAAAAAAAGAGUUCAAUAAAUGAUAAGGAAGAGAAAUCAAGAAAUGGUGAAAAAAAAAAUUCAAUAAAUGAUAAUAUGGAGGAAAGAUCAAAUAAAAUAGAAAGAAAAAAAUCAAUUAAUAAUAAAGAAGAAAAAUCAAACAAAAGAGAAAGAAAAAAUUCGAUAAAUAGUGAAGAAAACAAUGUAAAGACUGAUAAACAGAAGACUGUAAUCAAUGAAAAAUUGAAUAACUGUUCAACUGCUAAAAAAUGUGAGACUCAAAAUGAGAGCAUUGAAAUAGUAGAAGUGAUUGAAGUAAUAGAAGAUGAAGCUCAAGUAGUAGAAGAGAAUCCGUUAAAAAGAAAAUCGAAAGAAAAACUUGCACCAUUAUUUACAAAACGAAUAAAACCGUCCGCUGAAGUUAUAGCUGCCCGGCGUUUAUUUUUACAAUCAGAUAUAAAUGAGAACACUGAUAGCAAUGCAAAGAAGAAAACUCCACCUUUAGGUCCAAAAGUACUGCCAUUUCCAAAAAUAAGUCACGUUAAUCAACUACAACCUGCAGAUACAAAUGGUGUUCUAGAACAAAAGUUCUUGUUAAAAAAUAAUGGAAUUUCUCAAGCAUUAUUUGAUUUCUCACUUAUCAAAGAUAAAUCUGUAUUAGACCGAUCUAUUCCAGUUUCUGAACACUUAUUUGAAUGUGUAAAGACAGACAUUCAAACAGUUUUAGCUGAGAUAGAGUCUUACUGUUCGGAUGUACACUCUUUAUGGAAAUAUGUAUCUACAUUCUCAAAGCCAGAAAACCCUAAGCCAGUGCCUAAAACAAGAAGACGAACAUCUGAAAAAAAAAACUUAAGAAAAUCAUGUGAUGCCUUAGAUGAAUUACUAUACAGUCCAUGGACCGAUAAAUAUAAACCCAAUACUACUACAGAAGUAGUUGGUAAUGAAGAAGCAGCCAUAAAAUUGAAAGCUUGGUUGGAUGGCUGGAAAGCUGAAAGAAAUAGAGAAGAUUACAGCAGUGGAGAAGAAUUUUAUAAUUCAGACUGCAGUUUAUCAAGCAAUAUUGAAAACCAUCACGUUGCAAUACUGAUUGGACCACAUGGUAGUGGGAAAACAGCAAGUGUGUAUGCAGUUGCACAUGAAUUGGGUUACAAAGUUUUAGAAGUAAAUGCAUCAUCAAAAAGACCUGGGAAAAAAAUACUUAAAGAUUUUGAAGAGGCAACAAAAUCACACAGGGUGAAAAAAUCAACUUUGAAAGAUGCUUUCGUGACAAUGCCAAAAAAAGAAGAAACCAAAAAAAUUUCACAAAACUCUCUUAUUCUCUUUGAAGAUGUAGACCUAAUUUUUGAAGAGGAUGAAGGAUUUGUAUCAGCAGCAUUCCAAUUGGCAUCCAAUACCAAACGACCGAUUGUUAUGACGCUUAGAGAUACCUGUUCUUAUCUUCCAAAAUUGGCUCCACAACAAUUCCGUAUUAAUUUCCAACCUGUCAGUGGAAAAAGGGUACCCACUUUAUUACAACUUAUUGCAUUAGCAGAAACGGGGUGUAAACUUUCUCAAAAUUGUGUCGAUGCUCUUUGUCAGAGUGGGGAUUUAAGACAAGGACUUUUACAGUUACAGUAUCUUUUGAUAUCUGGUAAAGACCGAAUUUCAUCUACCUCUUUGGCUGUGAACAAAUCGAUAUGGAAGGAGAUAAAAGCAAACCUUUACAAACCGGCAAUCAAGGCGGAAAAAAGUAAAAAAAAAAAGCAAACAUCUGACGAUAAAAAUUUGUCUGACAAAGCUUUAGACAAUUUAGUUACUAAUUUAGAUAGGUUUAGUACAAUUUCGACGUUAAUUGAUAUCCAAGACCCGACUUCAGAGUUGAUCGAUAUAAAGUCUGAGCCAAGCAUGUCCCUUUCGGAAAGCAUGAAUUCUUAUUCUAGUUUAGAAAAUACGAGUUUAGAAAUAGGUAAUUGGUUGAAAAACGCCGUAAUAAAAUCGGCCAUUAAUGACUCUAAAAAAUCGAACAGUCAAAUAGAUUCGAGUAAUCAUUUACUCACUAAAAAGCAAAUUAAUCGUGAUGUAGAUUUAGCUCUGUCACAAAUUGCUUCGAAUACGACAGAUCGACGUGCAUUAUCUGUGGACUAUCUUUCGAGUAUUAGAACUAUAUGCAGAGCCGAGGAGAUCCGAAAUAAAUUAAAUAGUAAAAGAGGAAAUAGAUUUUUUCACUAUUUACAAAAUUCAAGAAUUGCGAGCGGGGCAGCAAGGUCUGGCAACAUUUUAUCUGCAGCAUGUACAAUGUUACACGAUAAAUCUUCUACUGCAGAGACUUGAUUGUAUGUUUGAGGGUUAGUUUUAGUUAUUUCUGUUUUUAAGGUCAAAUCUGUAAGAUAUGUAAGAUAUUAUUUGAUAGUUGUUUUUUUUUAAAUAAAAAAUUGUAAAUUGUAUUUAUAAAAAUCGAUUUUAGAUAUACAUACAGUAGAUAUAAGUUUAUAUAUUUAUAAUUAUAUUGAACCAAAAUCGAUUUUCUUCUAAGGAUUUUAGUUUGUCAAUAACACGUUUGAAACGUAUAAAUAAAACAACCUUAGUUGGAAAAUUCAUAUAAAUUUCAUUUAUACUUAUUCAUAAAAUUAUAUUCCUAUUGUUAUAUAAUAUUUUGUACUAAUCUUGUGUUAUCAUUGUAACUUUUAGUGCGUAAAUAUUACAACAUUUUUCGUUGUGAUUUGAAAUUGGUGUACGCAAUUCUAAUGAAGGCAUUGAGAUGUAUUGUAUUUACUUAUAAAAUGUAAAAAAUUUAUAAAUAC